AUGUGCGGAGAGAGAGAGAGAGAGAUGAGGCGCGAGAUGCGAAGAGAUGAGGUGACAGACAAAAGCUUACUUUCCCGCAUAGACAUAGAUGAUAGCUCCCACGCUCAUACGAUACCAGGGCCGCAGCUCUUCCGGGGCUUUUCUCCCAAUCUGCUUGACCCAAAGCGCACAGGACCUUGUGUCUCACGCCAUGCGCACCCUCCUCUAAGCACCCUGAAUCGAUUGAAUUUCGCACAGGGGAACGAAUGCCAUGGUUGCAUUGAUCAACACACACUGGCCACCAAGGUUUAUGCUUUGAUGCAACGGCUGCAAAAAGGAUGGCCUGGACAUCAUAAUUGCAACGCCAUCACCCCGAGCGCACGCGAUGCAAUGCAUGCCGGAGUGACGAACAGGGACAACAGCACCGGAAUCGCAAAGUCAAACUCAUCUGUCUUCAUUGUGUAG